AUGCCGGAAGAAGGCCGUCCGGUUAGGGAGAACCUGUUGAAAAUAAUAACUUCAAGGAACCUUUCACAGAGGGGCAGCAGGAAAUCCAGCAAGACACCAACAGAGAUGGGGGGCAGUGGAGAGGAGAAAGAGAGUGUGCAGGGGAGGUUUCACAGGAGACUGUCUCGUCUGGGGAGCAGAGGCUCUCUUAGAGAGCCACCCAGACCUCCACCACAGCCUGUCCAACCCUCAGCCACAUCUCCGCCCCCAGCCCCGGCCCCAGUCACGGCCACAGUUGACAGUCCCACUCCCCCAGCAGCGAAACCUCCAACCCCUACAGCCCCAGCCCCUAAACCCUUGGAGCUUCCCCCGAAACCCACUGAUAUAAGCCUGAAGCCAAGCCUCCCUCCAAGGCCUCUAACCAGGUGGUUCAGCAGCAAUGAGCAUGGCACUACAGUCCUACAGGGGUUUGAGUUGUUUCGUGGUGAUGAGACUCUCUGUGAUGUCAUCCUGGUGCCUGGGGACAGCAGUGACACCUUCCCCGUGCACAGAGUCAUUAUGGCCUCUGCCAGCGACUACUUCAAAGCCAUGUUCACUGGGGGUAUGAGAGAACAGGAUAUGAGGGAGAUUAAGCUCCAUGGGGUGAGUAAAACAGGUCUGAAGAACAUCAUAGAGUUCAUCUACACAUCCCGGCUGAGUCUGAGCAUGGCCAACCUGCAGGACACUCUGGAGGCUGCCAACUUCCUCCAGGUCCUCCCCGUCCUCAGCUUCUGCAACAAGCUGCUCAGCACUGAGAUCACCAUUGAUAACUGUGUGGAGGUGGAGCGCAUCGCCGGGGACCUGCUCCUGGAGGAUGUACAGGCCCACAUUGGGAAGUUUGUAUGUCAGAACCUGUCAGCGCUGCUACAGUCUGGCCGCUACCUGAAGCUCUCUCAGCCCAGCCUGGCCAAUGCCCUGGCCAGUGACAGCCUCAAGGGCUUCUCUGAGAUGGAGCUGUACCGCAUCGCCCGCUCCUGGCUGGACCACGACCCCCCCACCCGCCGCUCCGCCGCCUACUCCCUGAUGCGCCAGGUCCGCUUCCCCCUCAUGACCCCCACCGAGCUGCUCGAGAUCUCCCAGGAGGAUGAGGGACGCGAUGAUGGCGGAGCGGCCAUGAUGCGCUCGGACACGGCCUGCGUCAACCUCCUGCUAGAGGCCAGCAACUACCAGAUGAUGCCCUUCCUCCAGCCUUCCUUACAGACGGAGCGCACACGCAUCCGGUCAGACGCCAAACACCUGCUGGCGCUAGGCGGGGUGAUGAGGCAGCAGCUGGUGGUGAGCAGGGAGCUGAGACUGUAUGAUGAGGAGAUCGGCCAUUGGAGGGCGCUGAGGCCUAUGGAGGUUCCCCGCUACCAGCACGGCGUGGCCCUGCUCGGGGGCUUUCUCUAUAUCGUAGGUGGCCAGAGCACCUACGACACCAAGGGCAAGACGGCGGUGGACAGCGCCUACCUCUACGACCCACGCUUCGACCGGUGGCUGCAGGUGGCCUCGCUCAACGAGAAGAGAACCUUCUUCCACCUGAGCACCCUGAAAGGGAAGCUGUAUGCUGUUGGGGGCCGGAACGCCUCAGGAGAGAUCGACACCGUGGAGUGCUACAACCUCAGAAGGAACGAGUGGACAUUCGUGUCGCCCAUGGUCGACCCCCACUACGGGCAUGCUGGGACAGUCCAUGGUGACCUGAUGUAUGUCUCAGGCGGAAUCACACGGGACACGUUCCAGAAGGAGCUGUUGUGUUAUGACCCUGAGACUGACGCAUGGAGUCGCCGUGCCGACAUGAUGGAACUGCGUGGCCUACACUGCAUGUGCACAGUGGGUGACCGGCUCUAUGUGAUGGGAGGGAACCACUUCCGGGGCAGCAGCGACUAUGAUGACGUACUUAACUGUGAAUUCUACAGCCCUGAGGUGGACCAGUGGACGGUGGUGGCGGCCAUGCCACGGGGCCAGAGUGAUGUAGGGGUGGCCGUGCUCCAGGGCCAGAUCUACGUGGUUGGGGGCUACUCCUGGAACAGCCGCUGCAUGGUGGACAUCGUGCAGCGCUACGACCCAGAGAAGGACGAGUGGGACCGGGUGUUCAACGUGCUGGAACCCCUGGGCGGCAUCCGGGCCUGCACCAUGACCGUGCAUCUGCCUGAGGGUGCCGUAGACGACGGCCAAAUGCAGGAGUGCCCGCUGGACACUGCCAAGAACUGAAAGCUGAGAUCAAGAACAUAUAGAUUUAGCUUCUCUGUGUUUGUGAUGCUGGAAAAUGUGACUUUUUUGUGGGAGAAGUGGAAAAUGUGCAGUAGAAUUUCUCAAAUAGAUCCCACAAGGGGUUGGAACCGGUUCAGGAAACACAACAGAAAACCGGAAAAUAACAAAACAUUUAAAAGAACAGAAAUGGAACCGGGAACGAAAGUGAUCCAUACUGUUCCGGAACUGAACCGUUAUUUUUUAAAGGCAUGGCAACCGGUUAAUAACGUUAUUUUACUUUCCUGGCAUUUUUUUCUUGUCCCACAAAAAAAUGCAACAAAGUGUCUAUGCAAAGCCCUCACUCUGUCACUAAGAAACAUAUUCCAGUGUCUCCCUGCAAGAUAAAUCUUUGCCUGUGAUUUUGAGUGUUUAGGCUACCUGCCCCCCCCCCCUCUGACGUUACAAGCGUGAUUCAGAAGACAGGGAGAGAUUUUUUUAAGUUAGAGAAGAAUGGAUUCUCUUUUUCAAUGCUAGUUAAGGAUACUAUAGACCCAGUUAUCAAGUUUCAUGUUGAAUUUAUUAACUACAAAAAGGUAAGAUGUUUUUUAUUCUGGUGCCGCUCUGCGCACACGAGUUUGUUAGCUAUCUAGCUCAAGCUUGUUAGCAAGCUAGCUCAAAGGACAGUCAGUUUCUCCAUACAAGCCGCUACUCAUAGGUAUAAUUCUGUGGACCUAAUUCAGAUAAUGCAUGUCAUAACAAGAUGCCCAGAUCUUCAAGCCUCCUCCUCAACCCUCUCUCCCCACCCGUAAAAUAUCAGUUGCAUCUUCCGUUAUAGGCUGCAUUUCUGUCCGUCACGCAUGUAAACAACUAGUUUGCCUGUUCUAUCCACACUGAUUGGUGAAGUAAUUUAAUGAGCUAAAUGUAAAAAAAAAACUGUUGAUUUCACAGGUUAAAAAAGAAACGAAAGGAAUGAUAUAAACCAGGACUUUUUGGGGGGGUUAAAACCAGUUCAGAACUUUAUUUUUCUGGUCAGAACAGUGUAACGGAACAACAACAAAGUGGUUCUCUUCAGGACAAAAUGAUUGGGAAAUCAUUUUGGUUCAAAUCCCUAGGUCUCACUGCCUCCUUAGCUAUGUGGUUGACUGACUGUACAUGUAGUUGACUGACUAUUAGUUUCCACUCCUUGAGUCUAUUUUGUUGGAACUAUCUUUGUAUCUGAGUGACUUCUGCUAUGCUCUUUAAUGUGAAACACUUAUGUUUUUAACUUUUGGCAUUGUAUUUUCAAACUGUAAAUGAUGGCUUAAAUUAUGUUUGAUUGAUAAAAUAGUAUUUUGUAUUGUAUAUGAAUGACUAGUGUAUUUUAAGAAAUUAAAAUGCAUACUAUGAAUUAUCAUUUUCAAGUCAAACCAAACACCACACAAUCUAACAUGUCAUCCCACUAACUAGUCUAGAGGGGUUGAUUGAGUUGAAGGGAUGUGAGUUGAACAUGGAGGUCUUUGCAUGUUUCAGCUGUGGCCUUGGCACAGUGACAUUAUCCUUCAUCCUCCAGAUAAGACAGCAGAGAGGGAGGCCCUAAUACCAGACCAAGGUCUACUAACACGUCUGCUAUCACAGGGAGAUGGAGAGCUUAUGAACCUGGAAACAAACUCAACAGACACCUAAACCAUCUUUUUAAAACCCUCCCAUAACAGACAUGUCCAGUAUGUUACUCUAGAAUCUUGAGCUGUUCAAAAUGUCACAAAACCAC